AAUCGUUGGGAAGAAAUAGAAUUAAUUCCCUCUAUCAGUCAUCGCCGCCGCUUCGGUCCUUCGCGCGAGAAACGGUCUGAAAGAGUGCAAGAAAUGGAGUCACCCAGCAAAUCAGAGACCACUUGCGGAGACCUGAGGAUUGAAGAAGAAAAUGAUGAUGAUCCGCCAUUGUUGAGCUCUCAUGCCCUAGCUGCACUCAAGGAGUUCCUUGACGAGCAAGCCCAAACUCAGCCCGAUGUUCACUUGGAAAGCGGAGUUUCCGAAGACUCAGAAGUCACUUUAGUGACGGAGGAUUGGAGGCUGAGUCAGUUCUGGUACGACCGCGACACGGCGGAGACGGUGACUAAUGAGGUUCUUACGCUGUGCCAGAACUUCGAAUCUCCUCGAGUCGCCUGUAUUGCUUGUCCGACUCUCUAUACCUAUCUGAAGAAACUCGGACCGCAUGUAUCUGCACAACUUCUUGAGUAUGACGAACGCUUUUCCCAACAUGGUAGUGAAUUCACAUUUUACGAUUAUAAUGAACCAGAAGAGUUACCGAUGGAAUUGAAGCAUGAUUUUCAGAUUGUGAUAGCAGAUCCUCCUUACCUGAGCAAAGAAUGUCUGGAGAAAGUCACCCGUUCAAUUUCUUUCCUGGCACAGAAUCGUGAAUCUUACCUCCUACUACUAACAGGAGAAGUGCAAGCAGAAAGAGCAGCUGAGCUAAUGGGUUUUCAUCCUUGUGGUUUUAGGCCACACCACUCUAGCAAGCUUGGAAACGAGUUCCGACUGUUCACAAACUACGAUCCAGGGUCGAGAUUAGGAGGUUGGGAGAAAUAGGUUUAGGAUCGCAAAUUUUCAACAUGAAUAGAAAUCUCCCUGUAUCCCCCUUGAACCUCAUUAUCAAGUCAUAUUGUUGGUUCAAGCCUACAACGGAAGAAGGAUUUGGUGAGAACUCUGAGUGAACUUCUGAAAUGGAUCGAUGCAGAAGCCAAAAUGUAGUAGAAAAAAAUGCUACUUUUGGAGCAUUAUUAUGCAAAAGUAGCGAGGAAACCAAACACUUCGUAGUAUUUAUCAUUGAUGUAUUUGGGAGCUUCAUGAUCGCAAUUUGGAGUAUUUGUUUGAACAGAUAAUGGAAUUAAUGUGUCUAUUUGUGUACA